CUGAAAGAUUUCCAAGAAAAGAUAAACUUAAAACCACAGGAAUGAGCCUGACUAAACAAGAAUCGGAACCAUCGCACACGUUCACAUGUUUCCACACGGAACUAUUAUUGUGUGUGACGCAUUAACGCUGCCCUACUGUCACUACAUGCGAAUUAUGAUCAGUCCCAAACUUUUAAACAUUCACCGAUUAUUGCAUAUUUACAGCAUUUCGUAUAUAUUUUAGAUGAUGAAUUUCUUCCGCAACCGUCUGGUGGUUUUGGGGCUGGUGUUACUGGCCACAGUGCUGCUGUAUCUGCUGCUGCCCUCCAUGCGGCAGGGGAGCAUGGAACCGUCUCUGGAGGUGCAGCAGCGGAUGGGGCUGAUCGCCGCCUCGCCUCCGCCGCCGCCGCCGCCAAACAGCAUCAACAUCACGGUCAGGACCGGACAGCUUCCCGGAGACCCGCCGCUCUUCUUUAGGGAGGCUCUGCCUGUGGACAGCGCUGGACGACAGAUAGUGCCUAGGCUGCAGAUGGUGCUUUUGCAUGGUCAGGCCUUCACCUCUAAGACUUGGGAGGAGUUGGGCACCCUCAGCCUGCUCGCGUCCAAUGGGUACCAAGCCCUUGCUCUCGACCUGCCUGGUUUUGGGAAUUCUCCGGACUCGGAGUCGGUAAAGUCAGAUCAGAGCCGCGUAGACCUGCUAAAGCGUUUUCUGGAAGCUCUGGGUGUGCUAGCACCGGUGUUACUGAGCCCGUCUAUGAGCGGCCAUUACGCCCUGCCGUUCCUCCAGAAACACAGCGCUCAGCUGCACGGAUUUGUGCCCAUCGCCCCCGUGGGCACCCGUGGCAUCACCCCACAGCAGUACCGUGACAUCCAGACUCCUACACUGAUCAUAUAUGGAGAGCUAGACACCAACCUGGGCGCCCAAUCCCAUAAGAACCUGAUUCAGCUGCCUCAUCACACCGUGGUGAAGCUGGCAGGAGCACGACACGCCUGUUACAUGGACAAACCCCGCGAGUUCCACCGCGCUCUGCUCGACUUCCUCAGCAAACUCGAAUGAGGGACGGAGAGAGUGAGAAUGGGUCAAACAAACAUGUGAAACAGACUUUGGAAGAGACUGAGAGAAGAAAAAGAGGGAUGCCAGACAAGAAAAUGAUGAACAGGACUGCGGUGUAGCUGUAAAGCCAGUCCUGAAGCGUAACAUAACACCUCAACAUUCUAUCAGCCAUCCACAUCAGCUCACUCCUUAUAAUUUCCCUGUGUGCACCAUCAAGAGAUGAGAUGUUAUAAUAUAUCAAACAAACAAAACUUCUGCAGAAUUACUAUAGUAACGCUUCUUUUGUAGAUCAUAAACAUCUCCUUUUAUCAGUUUCGACUUUGUUGCUUGUAAUGGCCUGUCUAAAAGUUGUUACAUUUUCCAAUCUGGGGGUUCUGUAACGCUGUUCUCAUGGUUUACAGUCUGAGAAAUGUUCCUGUAACAACGCAAUAGCCAUAGUUUCCAAUCUGAGAAUAAUUCUGUUACCCUUUUACCAUGGUUUCCAGUCUGAGGAAUGUGCUUGUAACAACACAAAAGCCAUGGCUUCCAGUCUGAAAAUUAUUCUGUAACCCUGUUACUAUUGUUUCCAGUCUAAGGAACAGUCCUGUAACACAAUAGCCAUGGCUUUCAGUCUGAGAAUUAUUUUGUAACAUUGUGACCAUGGUUUCCAGUCUGAGGAACAUUCCUGUAACAACACAAAAGCCAUAGCUUCCAAUCUGAAAAUUAUUCUGUAACACUGUUACUAUUGUUUCCAGUCUGAGAAUUAUUCUGUAACACUGUUACAAUGGUUUCCAGUCUGAGGAACGUUCCUGUAACACAAUAGCCAUGGCUUCCAAUCUGAAAAUUAUUCUGUAACACUGUUACUAUUGUUUCCAGUCUGAGUAACAGUCCUGUAACAAUGCAAUAGCCAUGGUUUCCAAUCUGAGAAUUAUUCUGUAACGCUGUUACCAUGGUUUUCAGUCUGAGAAUUAUUCUGUAACACUGUUACAAUGGUUUCCAGUCUGAGGAACGUUCCUGUAACACAAUAGCCAUGGCUUCCAAUCUGAAAAUUAUUCUGUAACACUGUUACUAUUGUUUCCAGUCUGAGUAACAGUCCUGUAACAAUGCAAUAGCCAUGGUUUCCAAUCUGAGAAUUAUUCUGUAACGCUGUUACCAUGGUUUUCAGUCUGAGAAUUAUUCUGUAACACUGUUACCAUGGUUUCCAGUCUAAGAAUUAUUCUGUAACAUUGUUACUAUGGUUUCCAGUCUGAGGAACAUUCCUGUAACAAAACAAAAGUCAUGGUUUCCAGUCUGAGAAUUAUUCUGUAACAUUGUUACCAUGGUUUUCAGUCUGAGGAACGUUUCUGUAACACAAUAGCCACGGCUUUCAAUCUGAAAAUUAUUCUGUAACGCUGUUACUAUUGUUUCCAGUCUGAGGAACAUUCAUGUAACACAACAGCCUAGGCUUCCAGUUUGAGAGUUAUUCUGUAACGCUGUUACCAUGGUUUCCAAUAUGAGGAACGUUCCUGUAACAGCACAACUGCCAUGGUUUCCAGUCUGGGAGUUAUUCCGUAAUGCUGUUGCCAUGGUUUCUAGUCUAACAGAUUUUCCUGUAACAUAGUUGUCAUAGUUUCCUUUCUGAGGGUUGUUCUGUAUCACUGUUGCUAUGGUUUCCAGGAAAUGUUUCUGUAACACAGUUACCAUGGUGUGUAGUCUGAAGAAUAUUUCUAUAACUCAGUUGCCAUGGUUUCCUUUCUUGGGGUUGUGUUCUAUCGCUUUGUAUCGUUUCCAUGGUUUCUUGUCUGAGGAAUGUUCCUGUAACACAUUUGUCAUGUUUUUUUAUCCUUGGGUUGUUCCUAUAACUUAUGGUUGCCAUGGUUUCCAGGCUAAGAAGUGUUCCUGUAACUAAGUUGCCAUGCUUUUCUUUUUGAGGGCUGUUCCUGUAACACAAUUGCCUUGGUUUCCCCUGAGGGUUGUUCUGUAACGCUGUUGACAUGGUUUCCAAUCUGAGGGAUGUCCCUGUAACACAGUUGCCAUGGUUUGAAGUCUAAGAGUUAUUCUGUAAGGCUGUUGCCAUGGUUUCUGGUCUUACAGACUUUUCUCUAACAUAGUUGUCAUGAUUUCCUUUCUGAGUGUUCUUCAGUAUCACUGUUACCAUGGUUUCCAGGCUAAGAAAUGUUCCUGUAACUAAGGUGCCAUGCUUUGCAGUCUCAGUAUUAUUUUGAAACGCUGUUGACAUAGUUUGUGGUCUGACUGAGUUUCCUAUAACAUAGUUGCCAUGGUUACCUUUCCUGUGGUUGUUUUUUAUUGCAAUUUCCAUGGUUUCUUAUCUGAGGAAUGUUCCUGUAACGCAGUUGUCAUAGUUUCAUAUUAUUGGGUUGUUACCAUUAAAUGGUUGCCAUGGUUUCCAGCCCGAGAAAUGUUUCUGUAACUAAGUUGCCAUGAUUUUCUUUCUGAGGGGUGUUCCUGUAACACAGUUUACAUGGUAUCCACUUUGAGAUUUAUUGUGUAACGCUGUUGCCAUGGUUUCUGGUCGAACAGAUGUUCCCGUAACACAGUUACCAUGGUUUUUGGUCUGAUAAAUGUUUAUGUAACACAGUUACCAUGGUUUUUGUUCUGAGAGUUGUUCUGUAACACUGUUGGCAUGGUUUCCAAUCUGAGGGAUGUCCCUGUAACACAAUUGCUAUGGUUACAGUCUGAGAGUUAUUCUGUAACGCUGUUGCUGUGGUUUCUGAUCUGACAGAUCCUGUAACAUAGUUGUACUGGUUUCCUUUCUGAGGGCUGUUCUGUAUCACUGUUGCUGUGGUUUCUAAGUGGCGAAAUGUUCUUGUAACUCAGUUGUCUUUUCUGCAGUAUGAAGAAUAUUCCUGUAACUCAGCUGCCAUGGUUUCCUUUCUUGGGGUUGUUUUGUACCGCUGUUUCCAUGGUUUCUUUUGUGAGGAAUGUUCCUAUUACGCAUUUGUCAUGGUUUCCCAUAACUUAUGGUUGCCAUGGUUUUCUUUUUGAGGGACGUUCCUGUAACACAGAUUUCCCUGUAACGUAGUUGGUUUCUUAUCUGAGAAUUGUUCUGUAAUGCUGUUGCCAUGGUUUCCAGUCUGAAGCAUUUUUCUGUAACUGAGUUACCAUGGCUUUAUUUCUGAGGGAUGUACCUGUAACACAAUUUCCAUGGUUUCCAAUCCAAGAUAUUUUCUUACACUGUUGUCAUGGUUUCCUAUUUUGGAAUGUUUCUGUAACUUAUGGUUGCCAAAGUUUCCAGGCUGAGAAAUGUUUCUGUGAAUCAGAUGCCAUGAUUUCCAGACUGACAGUUGUUACUGUUGCUGCGUUCACGCCAUAUUGUGAUUACCGUAAUUUCGAGACGACAACAUGUGACGUUCUACUCUGAGCUGUUCAACAGAGCCUACGUUGGUCAGGUGGUACAGUGUUCUCAGAAGACUCCCAGUUCACAAGUUGUAAUUAGAGUUCUACGAGGACGUGGACGCUUUAUACAAGUUGGAAUCUCAUAAUUACGGGAAUUCUGAUAUGGCGUGAAUUCCCGAACAGCACCUUGUAACACAGUUGUCAUGGUUUCUAGUCUUGACAGUUACUCCAAUAACAUGGUUGCCAUGGUUUCCAUGCUGAGGAUUGUUCCUGUAACUCAAGAGACUUGUUUUCUGUAUUUGGCUGUUCCUAUAAUAGGAACUAUAAUAGAGUUGUUUUUCUAAUACGAUUGUAACAGUUUCCUGUAACAGCGAGUGUCACAAUGCCAAAAAUCAGUGUCAUGACUGUCAUAACCCUCCAUCUCAAAUACGCUUAACGAGUAACUGGAGUCUUCAAUCCUACAUGAACAUCACAAUGAAAAUAGUAUUUUCUGUUUUCUACUCUUAUCAUCGAGUGAAAUCAUCUAGAGUGUUCACACCAGCAGUUGGCACAUAUGUACCACUGAAUGUAGCAUGUCAGUGUGACCAUAUGAUUUUAGAAGUGCAAAACGAGAGAGAACGGUUGCAGUAUUGGACGUCUGUCAUGCCUGUAAAUUCAGUUUUUCAUUAUCAGUAGUUGUCAGACUUGUACUGGCAGUAGAAUAUUUCUCGCAAUAAAUAAAAAAAAUUCCAGAGACUGCAGAGAAGAAAAAGUGUUUGCUAAAUGGUGACGGUACUACAUUACCACACCUAAAAAUGUAGGUGUUCAUUACAUAUUUAUUAUUUAUUGCUUAAAGCUUUUACAUGAUAGAAACAGUAAUGUGUGUGGUAUUUAUGUGCUGUGGUCUGUUGUUUUGUUUGUUUAUAGCUUGUAAAUAUGAAUAUGUUUUAGAGGACUGUGAGGCACCUCUGACCUGUGAAUAUUUCCGAUAUCCCAAAUCUUCAACCUGAAGGGAUCUGUCAUUGGGACUGAAUUCAGAUUCCAGUGUGCAUGGUACUGCAGAGCCAUGAAACAUGCUUUUGUUCAAUGCAAAAUAAAGUUCAUUAACAUUAA